GGCAUCUAAGCAGACCACACAAAAUUAACAACACAAACAGGAUCGAUCGAGCAACGUACAAUGGCAGCUCUGGCCCCAUCCAUUGUAGUUCCCACAGACGCCGAGCUGCUGCAGGCACAGGCCGAUCUAUGGCGAAACAGCCUGUGCUACCUCAAAUCCAUGGCUCUCAAGUGCGCUACUGAGCUCGGCAUACCCACUGCCAUCUACAGCCUAGGCGGUGCUGCCUCGCUUCCCGACCUGAUCGCCUCACUGUCCCUCCCCCAGGCUAAGCUACCUUUCCUUGGCCGCCUCAUGCGGCUGCUGUCGUCCUCGGGCGUCUUCGCCGUGGUUGAGUCCCCAGAGGCUGUCUACUCCCUCACACCACUGUCAUACCUCCUGGUGGACGGCAUCGCUGCCGAUAACAAUCACAUGGACCAUGCACCUUUCCUACUCACUGUGACGUCAGCACACUACAUUGACCUGGCAAUAGACCUAGCUGACUGGUUCAAGAAGGAAGCCAAGACACCUCCUUUCGAUCACAAGCACGCAGCAUCGCUGUUCGAGGAGAGUAUGGAGCGCAAGGCUCCCGGGUUCCACAAGAUGUCAAUACUAGGUUUGUUGGUCCAUGACAACUUUGCAACCAGCAUUGCCGUGCGGGAGUACCAGGACGUAUUCCAGGGGGUGAAGUCAGUGACUGACUGCUGUUACCAUGGGGAUGGCACAACAGGGAAGGCCCUCGCCAAGGCCUUCCCACUGAUCAAGAUCACAGUACUGGACCUUCCGCAGGAGAUUCGCAAGAUACCGGCUGAUGGUGUUGUUAACUAUGUUGGAGGUGACAUGUUCAAAUCCAUCCCACGUGCUCAAAUGGUGUUACUUAAGAUGGUGCUGCACCACUGGAGUGAUGAGGACUGCGUGAAGAUCCUUGCCAACUGCAGGAAGGCAAUACCUUCACGGGAAGAGGGAGGGAAGGUUGUCAUCGCAGAUAUUAUUCUCGACCCAGCCUCAGGACCAGUCAUGUUUCAAACUCAACUCCUAAUGGACGUCUGCAUGAUGCUGAUGAAAGGAGGCCGGCAACGGGACGUGAAUGACUGGCGUGACCUCAUCCAGAAAGCAGGGUUCAGUGACUACAAGCUGCUGAAGAAAUUUGGAGCUCGAGGCGUCCUGGAGAUUUAUCCCUAAGGCAUCUCCUCCAUCGAUCAGCACCGACUUUAUAUUGUGGUUUGGUACUGCGACGAAAUCUACAUUACAAAAAUAAAGGGAUCGGAGUGCGCCAUAGUUAUUUUCUGAAUGAUGGUUCCAUGGAACGACAGAGUGUAAAGCCAGCUGUGACAAGCUUGGUUGCUCAACGAUCUGUUUAACUUUCGUUUGGAGAAGUAUCUAGGCACAUCAUGAGAUGUUACAUAUAUCGUACGUAUUCUAUUAAUAUAUAUGUACCCACCAUCCAGGUGUAGGAUAUAUGUAUUACCUUGUAAUUGGUAUUGUAUUAUCGGCCACGUACAAAAGUGAACCUCUCCAUAUU